AUGCCUACUAGUGCCGCAAAGGUUCUGGGAUGGACAAUGAAGAAACCGUUUAAGAACUACGGCAAAAAGUACGCUUCAGAUGGAUUUACUGCUUAUUGGCUGGUUGAACUGGAUGAUAGACAACCAGAGGAUCCUGUUCUGAUAUUCUGUCAUGGAGGUGGAUUUGUAUUUCCGCUAUCUCUUCCCCAAGUUUGGUUGUUGACUGCUAUCGUGAGAGCAUUCCCUAGCGUAAGAUUAAACGUCUUGAUAUUGGACUAUUCAUUGUCACCAGAGCAUAGAUACCCAACACAAAUCGAAGAAAUUGCUUCUCUUUAUCGCCAUUUGCUUGAUGUUGAGGCAUGUGAGAAUAUUGUGCUUGCUGGUGAAUCUUGUGGAGGAAAUUUGAUACUUGCCUUGUUAGCACAUCUAAAGCAUGGGUUUCCGACCGCAAGUCCCACUACAAGUAAAUGCAAGGACACUGCUGUCAAGGGAGCCAUACUCAUAUCACCAUGGGUUAAUCUUGCAAUAGAAGCAGUUGUCCACGAUGCAGACUCUUCAUAUGUAAAGAAUGCUCAUGAGGAUAUUUUAAAUACUGAACGGUUAUGCUUUUGGGCAAAUGAGUAUUGCCCAGACAAACUUACAAGACAGACGUCUCCUUGGGUUAGCCCUGUCUUAUUGAUAAAGGAAAACAUUGGCUUUUGGGAAAAUGUAUUACCAGCGCGUACGUUGAUCACCUGGGGAGAAGAAGAACUUAUGAAAGACGAUGUAGCGCGCUUUGCGUCCAUGACCAACAUAAGCAAUGCGUUCGAAGUUCCCAACGGUGUUCACGUUGAUGUAUUAUUUCAGUCAAAGUCUCCCGUCUAUGAUAAGAUAAUAGCAUUUCUGGAAGGAGUGUUUGAAGCAAAAUCUGUCGAUUCUAGUACUAGUACUAUAUUAUGA